UUCUCACACAAUACACAAAGACAAAGAGACCAUUAUUUCUUCGGUCAUCAUCUCGUGCCUCUCAGUUCUUCAUCUUCAUCUUCUUCGCUCUGCGAUCUCUGUUCACAUCUUCUCUCUCUCUCCCUCUCUCAUUAUUAUCAUCUUUUUCUUUCGCCUUGCGGGUCGAAAAUUUCUAUAAUUUCUCUUAUCUUCUGCUUACAAACCAUAUCCAGCGCAAGCAGCUGAAUAAGAACGAUCAAGAAUCAAAAAGGGGAAAAACGAAACCUCUUCUGUUCUGGACUGAUGGGUUCUUGCUUCAGUUCUCGGGUCAAGGCCGAAAACCAUUUUCACUGUGGUAAGAGCAGCGAUCUGUACGGUCCAAGCCUCUCGAGCCGGAAAUCUUCGUCGACUGUUGCGGCGGCUCAGAAGACGGAAGGGGAGAUACUUGACUCGACGCCGGUCAAAAGCUUCAGCUUCAACGAGCUAAAACUCGCCACCAGAAACUUCAGACCGGACAGUGUGAUCGGCGAAGGUGGAUUCGGUUGUGUCUUCAAAGGCUGGUUAGAUGAGACCAAUCUCACUCCGACUAGACCCGGAACCGGUUUAGUCAUCGCCGUUAAAAAACUUAACCAAGAAGGUUAUCAAGGUCACCGUGAAUGGCUGACAGAGAUCAAUUACUUGGGGCAAUUGAGUCACCCGAAUCUAGUGAAACUGGUCGGUUAUUGCUUAGAGGAUGAACACCACCUUCUUGUCUACGAGUUUAUGCAAAAAGGAAGUCUUGAGAAUCAUCUAUUCAGAAGAGGUACAUAUUUUAAGCCACUACCAUGGUUUCUACGGAUCAAAGUUGCGCUUGAUGCAGCAAAGGGGCUUGCUUUUCUUCACAGCGACCCCGUCAAAGUGAUAUACCGAGACAUUAAAGCCUCCAACAUUUUGCUUGAUGGGGACUAUAAUGGAAAACUUUCCGACUUUGGUCUAGCUAGGGACGGUCCAAUGGGUGAUCUAAGCUAUGUUAGUACAAGAGUUAUGGGUACAUAUGGCUAUGCCGCUCCCGAGUAUAUGUCAUCAGGUCACUUAAACACGAGAAGCGAUGUGUACAGUUUCGGAGUUGUGCUUUUAGAGAUUUUAACGGGUAAACAAGCGUUGGACCAUAACAGGCCAGCUAAAGAAGAAAACCUUGUCGUAUGGGCGCGACCACACCUCACAAGCAAACGCAAGGUUCUUCAAAUCGUGGAUACUCGGCUAGACACUCAGUAUCUACCCGAGGAGGCAGUGAGAUUGGCCAGCAUUGCAGUUCAGUGUCUCUCGGUUGAACCCAAGUCGCGCCCGACCAUGGACCAAGUGGUCCGUGCCUUGCAGCAACUUCAGGACAACUUGGGAAAACCGACUCAGACCGAUCCGGUUAAGGAUACCAAGAAGCUGGGUUUAAGAAAUGGAGCUAAGUUACCAGAAAAACGGUUUAAACAAUAUCCUUUUGCCAGGCACCGGGAGUAAACCGUUCUGAGAUUCGGAACACUGGUCAAGAUGGUUAAUUCGGUGAAGGAUAUUGCAAAAAUCGGUUUUGGACGGAUCGGAUACGGUUAUGGACAAACCGGGCAGGUCGAGACUGAUAAUUAUUAAUUGAUACAUUAGAGAACAUGUGUUUAGCCUUUAGGCUUCCUCGUGUGCUGUGGUAUCGAGUGAAGUAUUGGCAAUCUUUUCUUCUUGUGUUGUAACUACUGUUUGUAUUUUUGUUCCUGAAAACAUUUGAUGUAGAGAUUUUCCUAUAUCUCCAGUUUUAGAAACGAAAGUUUUUCAAU